AUGUUCACUCUUGAACCCGCUCUAGAAGCUCUUUCCGACUCGGACUCGGCGCUUCGUGGUGCAAAGGAUGCCGUUGUCCUCACUGAGACGGCCUACCUGAGCGAUGAGGCACAGGAGACCUCUGGACCUUCGAGUGAUUUUGCAGUUGAAGACAAUACAGUAUGCAUUGUUGGCAUGGCUUGCCAUCUCCCUGGUGGAAUCACCUCGCCAUCAGGGCUUUGGGACUAUGUCUACAACAAGAAGUCCGCUCAAUGCACUGUACCGCUGGAUCGGUACAAUAUUGAAGGCUUCUACCACAAGGACGGCAGCAGGGCUGGUGUGAUGAACGUAGACGGCGGAUACUUCAUCCAAGAAGAUGUCCGCAACUUUGAUGCCUCGUUCUUUGGUAUCAACAACCUCGAGGCUUCAUAUAUGGAUCCUCAACAGCGGAAGCUGCUUGAGGUUGUGUAUGAGUGCUUUGAGAAUGCUGGUCUGUCGAUGGAAGACGUGUCCGGCUCGAACACGGCGGUGUUUGUGGGCAACUUUACGGUGGAUUAUUCGGUCAUGCAAUCUCGUGAUACAGAUUAUGUGCACCGCUUGGCCGCUACGGGUGGCGGUACGUCAAUCAUGUCGAACCGCAUCAGCCACGUCUUCAAUCUCCAUGGCCCGAGUUUCACUCUGGAUACUGCCUGCUCAUCAACCAUCUACGCUCUUCACCAGGCCGUCAAUGCCAUUAAGAAUGGAGACUGCGACUCUGCCGUUGUUGCGGGAGCCAAUUUGAUUACGUCUCCUGAACAGCACUUUGGAACAGCAAAAGGCGGCUUCCUUUCUCCCACUUCCGCCUGUCACACGUUCGACAUAUCGGCAAAUGGCUAUGCUCGUGCAGAAGCCCUCAAUGCGAUUUACGUUACAAGGCUCUCAUCUGCGAUCAAGAGUGAACGCAAGAUUCAUGCCGUCAUUCGUGGAACGGCCAUCAAUGCCAACGGCAAGACUCCAGGAAUUACUCUACCGGAUGCCAAGAUGCAGGCAGCAGUUAUCAGGAAGGCCUACCAGAACGCAGGGCUUUCGUUUGCUGACACCGAUUAUGUUGAGUGUCACGGAACUGGGACUCCGGUUGGCGAUCCAAUCGAAGUGGAUGGAAUCGCGGCCUGUUUUGCAGGCCGCGAGGGCGAGCCUCUGAGAAUUGGAUCGGUCAAAACGAACAUGGGCCACAGUGAAGCAGCCAGCGGAUUGACAUCUAUCAUCAAAGUUGCUCUUGCUUUUGAGCACGGCGUGAUUCCACCCACUUAUGGUGUGAAGAACUUGAACCCCAAGUUGAGACUCAAAGAGCGCAACAUGAAGGUGCUGACCGAGGUUGAGGCAUGGCCCAGGGCACUUCGUCGGGCCGGCGUCAACUCCUUCGGCUAUGGAGGUGCCAACGGCCACGUUAUCCUCGAAUCCAUUGACAGCUACUUUGUCGGUUCACUGGUCUCAUCUCCUACCUUGAGGAGCCUGCCCCCUCCCCAUGAAUCAGACAAGGACCAGGUGUUCGUACUGCCGUUUUCCGCCUCAUCAAGCAAGUCGCUAGAAGCUCGCCGCAGACAGGCCAUCGAGAUGUUGGAAAAGACCGAGGCCAACGGUUUGAAGCCACUCGCUAUUGCAAUAAGCAAACGGCAGACCAAGAUGCGCCUUCGGGACUACAUUCUUGCUUCCGCAAAGCCCGGCUCUCAACCGACCCCGUUAGAGAUGGCUGACGUUGGCGACAAGGCCAGCCCCAGCGCACAGCCUCUCCCAUUUGGCUUUGUCUUUACUGGUCAAGGUGCUCAGUAUGCCAACAUGGCCAAGGAACUCGUUGAGCACGACGCCGGGUUUUUGGCAAGUAUGCGGGAUCUCGACGAAGUCCUGCAGAGCCUGCCUGCGGAGUACAAGCCUUCCUGGACAUUAGAGCAGACGAUCCUUGAUAAACCAUCAGAGAGCAAGAUCAACGACGUGACUCGCAGCCAGCCGGUUUGCACCGCCGUCCAGAUUGCUCUUGUCAAUACGCUCCGCAGUUGGGGCGUCACUCCAACAAGUGUUAUUGGCCAUUCCUCUGGCGAGAUUGCUGCUGCGUACAGCGCCGGACAUCUAACUGCGUCCGAGGCCAUCCUGGCGGCGUAUUUCCGAGGCUUUUCUGUUGGACAGCUGCAGUCUCGUGGCUGCAUGAUGGCCGCAGGAAUCACACCAGAGAGCGCCAAUGCAUUGAUUGAGAAGCUUGGCCUAAAGGAAGUACGAGUUGCUUGCGUGAAUGCUCCGGAGAGCGUUACGCUCAGCGGUGCUGUCAAGGAUGUCGAUGCUCUUCAGUCAGAGCUUCGGACAGAGGGCAAGUUUGCUCGCAAGCUUGAGACUGGAGGCCGCGCUUAUCACUCUCAUAUGAUGGCUGAGAUUGGCGACAUGUAUGAAGCGCUGGUUUCUCCCUAUCUCACCACCAAGUCUGUUGCGGAAUCAGAUGUCACCAUGUUUUCUACUGUUGGUCACUCAUCUGGCGGCGUGAAAGUCAUUGAGCCGAGGACCAACAUGGCAUCCUAUUUCCGAAAGAACCUUGAGCAACCGGUACAGUUCAGCGCGGGACUGGCCACCAUGAUCACCAGUCAGAAGCAUCACCUGAUCGAAAUUGGCCCUCAUUCGGCUCUCAAAGGCCCUAUCCAGCAGAUUCGCAGCAGUACCAAGCUCGACAAGGAAGCUGUUCCUUACUCUCCCACUCUGGUCAGAAAGGAGAAUGCCUACGUGUGCCUAAAGAAGCUUGCGGGAACGCUCUUCUCGUAUGGCCACAACUUGGACUGGCACGCUGUGAACGGCGUCGUGCGGUAUCGUGCGCUCCCUACUCCGCCCCUGGCCUCUUAUCCCUGGGACUACUCCAAGCCCUUGCCAUGGCACGAGCCCCGAGCCAGUGUUGAGCAUCGUCUUCGAAAACAUAUCCGCCAUGAGCUGCUUGGGACGCGGGCGACGGCUGGCAACGGCAUUGAAUGGUGUUGGCGCAACAUCCCCCGCAUGUCCGAGAUGUCGUGGUUGCGCGAUCACAAGCUCGGCGAGACGCAGGUUGUUCUUCCAGGGGCAGCUUACAUGGCAAUGGCAAUUGAAGCCCUCUCCCAGGUCCAGGAUAUCAAGGGCGAGCUGAUUGCUGGAGAAGAAUUCUCUUUUGACUUUGAGAACGUAAAUAUCAGCGCAGCAUUUGUUGUGCCUGAUGAGAGCGACUCCAGUGCUGAUAGUACUGAGCUUCACACGGUCAUGUCUCGACGCAAGAUCUCAACCGCAAACACUUCUGCUGACUGGCACGAGUUUUCGAUAUCUUCUUGGGUAUCCGGGGUUGCAACGCUGCACUGCAUGGGCAGCAUUCGAGUUGUCAACCCAACACUGAUGCCUGAAGACGGAGCUGUCCUUAUCAAAGACAACGGGCAUGAGGUCUGGGGCAUGAGUCGCUGGUAUACAAAAGCAAGGGAAGAAGGCCUCAACUUUGGACCCUCGUUCCAGUCACUGACCAGCCUUCAUACUGACGGUAACCGCGUAUCAACGGAUUCUAUUGCCACGACGCUCCUUGAUCCGCCGUCUGCAGCUUCCCCUGGCAUGUUUUACGCCAUGCAUCCCAUUACAAUUGACGCUUGCUUCCAGGCUGCCAUCAUGGGAGGUACCGCCGGGAACAUCAACACCCUACGGGCCUAUGUUCCCGUCUUCAUCUCCAGCUGUUCGAUCCAGAUCCCCAAGGGCGGUUCUGCCAGCCUCGGCACUGAGGAGGUCAGAAUCCACUCACGCAUGGAAAAGACGGGGAUUUCUACUCGAGCAGUUGCAUUCACACUUCGACUUCCUGAUGGCACGCCGGCCAUUGAUAUGCCCCAUCUGCGCAUGAAUGCAUAUACAGGCAAGGCUCCUGUUGAGCCUGAGUCGAGCAUCUACCUCCAGCGUCAGCCCUGUCUUCGUGUCCAAUGGAAGCCCGAUGUGUUACGUCUUCAGCCAGGAUCAGAAAACGCUAUCCAAGCAUACAUCGCCUCUUUUGCAGCUGAGCAAUCGGAGGAUUUGAACGACAAUGGCGCCCUUGUUGUCUUUGCUGCUUUGCUCGACCUCUACGGUCACAAGGUUCCUCGCAUGAGCGUGCUGGAGCUGGGUCAAGAACGUCAUUGGACUCCCAAGGAUUGUCAGUCGAUUCUGGGUAAAGAUACCGCCUUCCCACGAUUCCAACUAUGGAACGAUGGAAAGUUUGGCGAUGACGGCAGAAUUACCGUCGAGGACACCAGAUACCCUGGCCCUUAUGAUGUCGUUCUGAUUCCUCAUCUUUCAGUCUCCAGGAUGCUCUGGGCCAGAGCGGCGGCCAACAUCCUGUCUUUGGUUUCUGACGAUGGCAUUAUCAUCACCCGCAAGACGAAAGGCGCCGUUUCAGCUUUGCAUGCUGCGGGCUUUGUCUCUGUGCAACUCUCCAACGAGACUCUCAUUGCCGUGCGUGGCCCCAAGCAAACAGAGCAGCAAACCAAGGAGGUGGUCAUUGUCAAGCCCAACCGAUCUUCUUCAUCAAUAGAUCUUCUGGCAACGGCCGUGGAGGCUCACCUGAGAGAAACAGGCGUUGUGAAACUGAGUACCGAAACCCUCGACAGCAUUGACUCGGUCAACCUCAACGAGCACGUCACCUGCGUGUCUUUUCUAGAGAUGGAGCAUGAAUUCCUCGCCACAAUGAGCAGCGAGGACAUGGACCGCUUCCGCAAGAUUACGGAUAACGUUGGCUGUCUCUUGUGGCUGACGGGAGCCAAUAUGCUCUCUGCUCCCAAUCCGGACCUCACAUUGUCCAGUGGCCUCUCUCGCGCCCUGAUGCUCGAACAGCCAGCGCUGCGAUAUACUAUUCUGGACGUUGGUGCGGAUUUGCCCAAGCUCAACCACACAGAGUCCAUCUGCAAAAGCGUUACAGCGGUUUUGACAUGUCGGUAUGAUACGGACGACAAAGAAUUCAUCCAGAAGGACGGAGUCCUCUACAUCAGCCGCUUCGCCCCCGAUGUCGAACUCAACGCUCUCUUCCGCCAGCGCAUGAGUCCAGACGCAAUGAAGCUCGUCCCCCUUGGACAAGUUGGUCCGGCAAAGCUAUCCAUCGGCCAAGUUGGCAUGACGGAUACCAUUCACUUCCAGCAAGUCUCUGAGCGGAGAACCACACCUCCGGCAGGGUUCGUUGACGUUGAGCUCCGUGCCGUGGGCCUCAACGCAAAGGACAUAUACGCCCUCAACGGCCGUGCGGAAACUCGCUCCGCCACGACGGCGCUCGACUUCGGAGGCGUCAUCUCCGCAGUUGGGCCGGAUGUCGAGCAUCUCAAAGUGGGAGACAGAGUCGCUGGCUUUGUUCCCAACCACUUCAGCACGACGGAGCGCGUUCCUGUGCAGGCUGUACACAAGAUGCUGCCGGAGGAGGAGUUUACCGUCUUGCCGACUCUCCUGACGGUGUACUGCACUGCUCUUGUCGCCCUCAAAGACCGAGCGCAUCUUCGAGCUGGCGAAUCCAUCCUGAUUCACUCUGGAGCCGGUGCCUUUGGUCUUGCCGCCAUCACCAUGGCCAAGCAUAUGGGUGCCACCGUCUUUGCAACGGUCGGCUCACAAGCAAAGCGCGACUAUAUCAUCAACGAGAUGGGCGUGCCGUCUGAAAACAUCUUUCACUCGCGCAACGCCUCUUUCAUGGACGACAUACUGGCGGCCACCGGUGGUCGAGGCGUCAACGUCAUUGUCAACUCCCUCGUCGGCGACCUCAUGCACGCUUCUUGGUCUUGCAUUGCGCCCUUUGGACGCUUUGUCGAGAUUGGCAAGCGAGAACUCAUCGACGCAGGCAAGCUUGACAUGCGUGUCUUUUUGAAAAAUGCGACAUUUACGGCUUUUGACUUAUCCGAGUUCUUCUACGCAGAAGAGAGCUAUUACCAGGACGUGGUGUACGGCUACACUGCCCAAGUAAUCGACAUGUAUCGCGCCGGCAUCAUCAAGCCUUCGCCUAUUGCAACGUUUGACGUUGCCGAUAUUGGCCAAGCUUACAGAUACUUUGGCAACAAGGACCGUGUGGGCAAAGUUGUCAUUUCGCUGGAGAAUCCCAACAGCCUGGUCCAAGUCGUUCCCUCAUCAUAUCAGUCCGUCUUCGAUCCUCAAAAGACGUAUCUACUCGUGGGCUGCCUUGGUGGCCUCGGCCGCAGCCUCAGUCGAUGGAUGAUGUCUCGCGGCGCACGCAAGUUCUGCUUCCUCGGACGUUCGGGAUGCGAUAAGCCCAGUGCCGCUGAGUUGGUGAAGCGUCUCCGUGAUGCCGGCGCCAACGUGACUGUCGUCCGUGGCGAUGUCUCCAACGAGGAUCAUGUUCGUGAGGCUGUUGCGGCUUGUGCAAAGGAUGGUCCCAUUGGCGGCGUUGUUCAAGCCGCCAUGGGUCUCAGCGAAGCGCUCUUCUCUGUCAUGACGAACAAGGCAUGGCAUACAGGUAUCCAGCCCAAGUGGAAGGGCUCUUGGAAUCUGCACAACGCUCUAGAGGGCCAUGAUUCGCAGCUUGACUUCUUCCUCCUGACGUCGUCCAUCUCCGGCAGUUGCGGCACGGCCACGGAGAGCAAUUACUGCUCGGCCAACGGCUUCCUCGACUCCUUUGCCAGGUGGCGACGCUCUCAAGGAAAGCCUGCUGUCUCUGUUGGCCUCGGUAUGAUAUCAGAGGUUGGCUACCUCCACGAGAAUCCGGACAUUGAGGCCAUGCUGCUUCGAAAGGGAAUCCAGCCGCUCAACGAGGACGAGUUCCUGCAAGUGCUUGACUAUGGCAUCUCCGGCCCCGGCAGUGACGGCGAGUUUAUCCGCGGCGCCCCCAUGACGAGCGAGUCUGCUCACAUCUUGACUGGUCUGGAGUCGUAUGGCGUCCGCAAGCUCAUGGCCCAGGGCUUCGAAGUCAACAACGGCGUCAUGGAUGAGUCUCGCACAUCCAUCCUUGCCGCCUCUCUGCUCUCAGAGAAGGAUGCGAAAGAGGACGAGAAGGGUGCUGAUGUGGGCCAGCUCCUCGCUGCCUCCGAAUGGGUCAAAGAUGUGCCUAAAAGCGCGCUGUCUAUCCUCAUGCCCGAGGCCAGUGCACCCACUAUGCUGGAGGCUAUCCUGCGCCUCACCAAGAAGCGCUUCAGCAACUUGAUUUUGAUGCAGCUAGAUGCGGUCGACGACAGCGCCCCUCUGCCUUCGUUCGGCGUCGACAGUAUGCUUGCCGCAGAGUUCAGGACCUGGUUCUUCAAUACGUUCAAGGUUGAUGUACCGUUUCUUGACAUUGUCAGUCCGCAAAAGUCUUUGCGUACGCUGGCGGAGUUUGUGGAGGAGAAGCUUAUUGCCAGCUGGUCUGGUUGA